ACAAAUAAUCUGACGCAAGGCCAGUCUGCGUAGAUAAAAUAUAGGACAGGCUCAGUCCUUCAAAACCGGGUAUAAAACCAGACUUAAUCCCACAACUCACAAACCACCAGAGCCCGAAGCAGUUGCCUGACAGGUUUGGAAGAUGGAAACUGGAAGUUGGAGGACACGACUAAUCGUUGCAUUUGUAAUUUUACAGUUGAUUUAUUCCAAGUUGGAUUCAAUGCCCAUCCAGAAUGAAGUUUCUCAGAAGUCCCCUCUUCCUCGACGUCUUUCCCGGAACACUCCCUUCUGGAGGAUGGUCACUGGCAGUAAACCUGUUCAAGCCACCUGUCAGCAUGACUAUGAGUGUAGCACAAAAACUUGCAGGGACAAACAGUGUACACAUUCAAAAUUUGUGUCUUGAAGAAAUAUUGUCCUUGUAUUAUCCAUCAAGAUGAAAUGAAUUAAGAAAAUUAAAUCAAGAUCAAGAAUGAAGCCAUUUACGCAACUUUUUUCCUUCACAUUUAUGCUCUGCAAAUAAAAGCUUUGCAUCAAAUAAUUCUCGCCUGGACUUGCUACCAGAAAUGCCACUGCAGUCUUUUCAUGUUUGUACUUAUCCAGCACAAUAUGGAAGAGCAACUUUACUACAUUGAAGCAUUUUGAAAACGUUCAGUGAAGUUUAAAACAACAUGGAGCUCAAUUAUGGAAAGGAGUCAUCACAUAGAAUGUCCUGGACCAUAUCCGAGAACCAGACGACAUGGGUUUUAGGUGAGGGGGGAAUAAAUUAAAAAGUACCAGACGGGCAACUAUUUUACACAAAGAUGAUAAGUAUAUGGAACGAGCUGCCAGAGGAGGCAGUUGAGGCAGGUACUAUCACAACAUUUAAGAAACAUUUACAGGUACAUGGAAAAGAUAGGUUGCGAGGGAUAUCGGCCUUACGCAGGCAGGUGGGACUAGUGUAGUUGGGACAUGUUGGUCGGGAUCGGCAAGUUGGGCCAAAGGGACUGUUUCCACACUGAUUGAUUCUUUGACUCUAUACAACCCUAGAAAUUAAUGAAAGUCCAGGACACCAUCCCGAAAACAAGAGAUAAGGCAAAUUUAAAAGUCUGCUGAGAAAUUGUGAGCUUCUAAGUGAGUAUAGGUUAAAGCAAUAGCUUUAAGUAUUUUUUUAUUCAGCAUUAGUACCUUGUCAUAGUUUUCAAAAUUCAGUCAUGCAAAAGAAAUUUCACAUUUUGUACUUU